AUGCGGAUGUGCGUCCAGCUGCUGAGGUUGCGGUGCGCUCCUUGCGCUGGACUGCAGGGUGGCUCGAGCAGCCGGCUUUCAGCGACGAGGACUACUCCCUUCUUGCCAGUCGGGAGGUACAAGCCUACCAGACCUUGUAUUUGGCAGCAACUCCUUACCCCAGCACUCUGCUGGUUGCCAGACUCCAGGAGCCGCAAGCUCCCAAAAAGGAGACCACAAGCUCCUGGUUUGAUUUUGGCAGUUCAGGCACUGCAAAUCCCAAAGUGGUGGGCUGCGUGGGAUGUGAAAUCAAAUGCUUCAACGUCUUCACCAACGAGGAGAUGCCAGUUUUUCGAUACGACGGCGGCAGGGAGACUGUACUGCGGCCUGUCAUGGCAGAUUUGGCUGUAUCUUCUGAGUGCCGAGGCAAAGGCAUUGGGCGAAAGCUUGUUGAAAAGUUGGAGGAAGUUGUGCGGGAAUGGGGCUAUGAUGAGUUGGUCCUGCUCGUAG